ACAAUCCCUUGUUACAUUGGUACCUCCUCACACCAACAUGACUGGUUCGAAGAAAUCCUCAGUUCCACGCCAAGCUUCUUACAAUUCCCUUUACGUCAAUCCCCUCAAUGAGCUCAAACACAACCGAAGCAGCAGUGAAGGAGACCACAGCAUUGGCAGCACUUUCGGCCUUCGUUUGUGCAGGAAUUCCUCUGUCAUCAUCUCUGAUAACAAGGAAAAUGUCACUCCCAACCUCAAACAAGGUCUUCUAGACUGCAACAACAAAGAAAAUGCAUUAUCCAGUUGCAGUUCUUCUUUAAACAAGGAGGUAGAGAACCCAGAUGGGAAUUCUCCUUCUUCUGUGGGCAUCAAAAACAGGGUCUUGAAGCCAUCUUCUCUUCAGCUGUGUAUGCAGUUGAAUGAACCAGAUUCUACUUUUCGUUCUAAGCUUUUGGAUCCAAUUGAGUCUGAUAAUUCGAGUAGGAUGAAUGUGUGGGAUCAUUCGGAUUCGGAAGCUGCACCUGCAUCUUCUUGGUCAACUCUACCUAAUAGAUCAUUGUUGUGUAGGCCUUUGCCUUUGGAUGUAGGGAGGUGUACUUGUGUUAUAGUGAAGGAAGCAUCACCAGAAGGACUGGAUGGUGGAUUUCUAUAUUCACUUUACACCAAUGAGGGUCACGGUCGACGGGAUCGAAAACUUGCAGUGGCACGUCAUAGGCGGCGGAAUGGGCGGUCUGAAUUCGUCAUAGCUCAGAAUACAAAGGGGAUAUCUUGUAGCUCAGAUGAGAGCUUCCUGGGAAAUGUAACAGCUAACCUUAUGGGAUCAAAGUACCAAAUCUGGGGCCAGGGGAGCAGGCUUGAUUCCUUAAAGAAACAGCCCAAGCUACUUCUUGCCAUUGUAUCAUUCAUGCCUACAAUAACCACUUGGACUGGAAGUUACAGAAGCAUGAGGGCAUGGGUACCAAAGCUUCAAUCUAUGCAAUUAAAGAAUACAACUCAGGUUCAACAUAUUAAUGGACUUCCCAAGGACUGGGAGGGUAAGAUAAACAAAGUUCAUCAACUGUUCUCGAGGGUUCCACACUACAAUAAUAUUUCAAGGCGAUAUGAAUUAGACUUCAGAGAGAGGGGAAGAGCAGGAGUCAGAAUUCAAAGCUCAGUGAAAAACUUCCAGCUGACAAUGGAGGAAAAUGGAAGGCAGUCGAUCCUGCAGCUAGCAAGGGUAGACAAGUCGAAGUAUAUCAUGGAUUACAGAUAUCCAUUGACUGGUUAUCAAGCUUUUUGUAUAUGUUUGGCAUCCAUGGACUCAAAACUUUGUUGCACGGUGUAAUAAUGAAUUGUAGCCUUUUUGGUUAUUCAACUCUGGAUACCAAGAUAAAAAGAGUAACAGAUCAACAUUUUUAUGGAAACUUGACUUGCAUAUGGAGGUGGUGAGAGGAAAACUGAUGAUAAGCUUGACUAUCUCUUUAGUAUUCAAAAGAAGGAACAUCUUGGGGAGUUGGGGGGUGGUUGGGAGGUCGAAAAUUGCUUUUGGUGUCUCUAACAUGUACUGAGCCAAUAGUUCAUUGACAAAGUUUUUAGUAAAUACGAAAAUCAGAUUUUU